UAUGAGCAUGGCUGCAGACAAUCAUCUGAUUGAUCAGCUUAAGAAUUCAAGGCAAAGACAAAAGGUGUGUCAGAUGUACUAUAUGGUUAAGAAAAGAGAAUUUGAAAGAUCCAAUGGCAAAGAAAACAACCUUCCUUUUAAUUACGAAAUGGACAGUGCUUCUUCGAGAGAAGUCAGGGUCAGGGCUUCCAACGAGGAAGGAGCCACUCCUUCCUCUGAAGGGAAGGACCAAGCCAAGACUCGAUUCGUACAGACACAGAAGGUUGGCUAUGGCCAGAAGAGUCGGCUCAAUCCAGACCUUAUUGGGGCACAGCAUAUUGAGAGCAUUCAGACAAGAGGGAAAACCAUUAAGAAUAACUAAAUCUGAAGCUCUGAAAAGAGGGAUUAAUUAUAAUGCUUGCGUCGAAGCUUUAAAUCAAAUUCAAAAGUCUAUUAAGGUUAAGAAAAUUACAAAGAGAAGAGGCACAGGACAUUUCCAAAACUCUCAGAGAACUUUUGAGCCUUGUAGAGUCAAAAAUUAUAAAGAUGAUAUUAUCAAGCAGAAAUGCGAGGAUAUUAUCAAUACACUUGUAUUUGAUAGUAAAGAAAUAAGUAGAGAGUCUGUAGAAGAAAGUAGAAAAAUACCUCCUCAUGUGUAUGAUUCCUGUAGUCAGCGCAGUCAUGGUAAAAAUAAAAUCACUCAGCCUCCUUCAUUUGGGCCAAUAACAGAACCAUCAAUGCAGCAGAAUUCUUCAAUCUUUGAUGUUGAAAAAUUGAGUGGUAGAUCUCAAGGUGUUCGGAAUCGUAACAAGAAAUAAAGUGGUAUACUCAACCACUUAUGAUAGGAUAAGAGAUAAAGCUAGCAGAAGUUUAUCUCCUGAUGAGCCCACUCCAAAGUUUAACAAAAAGUUUAAGAAAUAUUUAGACAAACGAAAAGAUAGAUUUAAUCAAUUUGAUCAUAUAACCAAGAAUGCUAAGGGAAUAGUGAAGCCUAAAGGAACUUUAAAAUCAAGAUCUUCUCUUCAAAACUCUUCAGUCCAGGAACGUCGAUACAGACCUAGGAUCCUAUCACUUCAAGAGAGGAGGUCUCAUCGUGCCAAGGAGAAGAGAACUUUAUACCAAAUCAAGAGAGAUCAGCAUAAGAGUCAAAAACUUCAUAGUUCCAAAGCCUCUGUUAAAAGAGGAAGCUCUAUCGGUAGAGACUCGUUGUCUUGUAAAAGGAGCACGAAGGAUUUCAGCCAAUUCUUCCAGAAGAACCUUGACUGGCAGAAGCAAAGAAAUAAAAAUAUUCAGAAGUUGAAAAAGAAUUUUGAUCAGGAGAAACAGAAGGAAUGUACUUUUCAGCCGAAUAAGAAAAGAAAAUUAAGGUCUUUGGAGAGAAAGAUCAAGCCUUUUGUGUCUAAAGUGUUGGAGAGUUGAAAGAAACAAAUGAGAAGAGUCAGAAGUAAAAGAGGAAGACUAUAUUCACCAACCAAUGCAAAGGGAUUUGAAGAUACCACUCAAUUCCUGAGAUUUGAUGACUGAGAAGAAAUCAACAUUCUUCCUGGAGCAGCUGAGAUUUCUGGAGAAAUAGAAGAGAUCGAAGUUGAUGAAAAUUAUUUAGGGAAUUACGAAAAAGAAGAGAAAGAUAGUCAUUCUGAUUCAAGAGCCAUCAAUCUCUUGGAUUCUUUCAACAAAAUUAAGGAAGAAGAAGAUAAGCAAGAAAUGAAGAAGAAGUCGUACCCUUUAAAGUCGAUCAAAUUAAAGGUUCCUACUGAAAAUAAAAGUUCUGUAAAGAUCAACGUGAAUAGUAUGAAACCACCGAUUCCUCAUGGUCCAAUUAGACGAAAGAGUGCAAGUCCGCUUUCUAAAAUCACUGAGAAGGAUGAAACCAAUAUAGCAAUUACGGAAUCUUUAGACUUUACUGCACAUAUGGAAGGAAUAGAUGAAAUUUCUAAAGAUCCUUCCUUCUCAAUUCAUCAUAAAUCUUCUGUUGAGAAAACCCAACUGCUCAAUGGACCUGCUAGUUUUGAUUUUGAAGAGUUUAACUCAGGAGAUUUUCAAGAACACUCUAUCCGCUCUGCCAGAAGUACCAUAAUGAAAUCAAAAGGAAGAGUAGAGGAAUACUGUUCCUCUAUCUCAUGAGCUUCAGUUACUUCUGAUUCUGCUCAUGCUCAGAACUUAUUCCCAACAAAUGCACAAAGGGUAACUCUAGUGCAGAUGAAAAAUAAUGAGCAUCCUCAAAACAGAGAGACAAUGGUGGACCAAAAUUCUUCAGAGUACUCCUAUGAUGAAGAGGUCUUAAUGACUGAGAGUAUUAAAUUCUGAAACCUCCGAGACUCCUUGCUUGAUCAGUACAUUGAUUAGUUUGCAAAU